UGAACGGGAGUAGGCAGGCCCUCUAACACGCAUCUGGGCCAAAUGCCCCGGAUUAGGCCUAAACAAGCUUAGGCGUGGCUAAUUCUUUGAACAACGGUCUCCGGGCCAGAAUCAACUUCGAUUAGUGUCCUCGGAUGAGCCUGGAGGCUCUCAAUCCAGCUCUUAACACCAGGUGUCUUUUGAACCUCCACCUGGCAACCCUGUAACCAUGACUCACCGAGAAUUGAUUGGAACCCGUUGACGAGCUAAUCAUGCUUCCCGUGAUGGAAUUCGUGUUGCCGCAGAAUGCUGCGGCUGCCAGUAAUGUGCCCGCCUUUUUGGCCAAGUUGUGGAAGAUGGUCGAUGAUCCCGAGACGAAUCAUCUGAUUGAGUGGAACGAUGAAGGACACAGUUUCUUGAUCCACAAUCAAGCGGAAUUUGCUCAGUCCUUAUUGCCAUAUUACUACAAGCAUUCGAAUAUGGCCUCGUUCGUCCGGCAGUUGAAUAUGUACGGCUUUCACAAGGUGGUGGGCGUGGAGACGGGCGGUCUCAAGAGCGAGCGACAAGAGGAGAUGGAGUUUGCCCACGACUUCUUCCGUCGAGGAAUGGAAUUCCUCUUGGAUAAGAUAAAGCGCAAGGUCUCGAAUAACAAGGCCACCCAUUAUGCCCCAGCUAUGAAAAGUGAGCGCGUCAAUGAGGUACUGAACGAAGUCAGCGUCAUCAAAGACCGACAGGAGGAUCUCGACGGCAAGUUGGACACCAUGAAGAAGGAGAACGAGGCCCUCUGGCGAGAAGUGGUCACUUUACGGCACAAGCAUCAAAGUCAACAGAAGAUUGUCAACAAGCUCAUCCAGUUCCUGGUGGGCAUGGUUCAGCCUCGCAUGGGCGGAGCCGUCAAGCGACGUUACCCAAAUCAACUUGCAAUUCAAGACACCUACCCUUCCGGGGGAAAGGAACCCAAGUUGGAUAUGAGUGGUGAGAACUCACCCCCGAGUGAUGGUCCCAUUAUCCGCGAUGUCACCCACGAAUCCCAGCCUUCGUCAAAUCGCAAGUCGACUGGCCUCAAGCUCAACACGAGUGUGUCGCCAGAAUUCAUGAAUUCUCUCUCGCAACUUCAGCAAAGCGGCCAUGGCGCGGCUAAUUUGAGCGAUGGGACGGUCAAUGUGGAAUUGCCCGAGACGCCCGAGCCUCAAAUGAGCUUGGCCUCCACGACGGGUUCACUCUCGCCUUACACCUCCAGCAAGAUGACUCGAUCUAUAUCGCCCAUGACGGUGGGUAUGGAGGCCGUGGAUCCCAAAUUGGUGAACCCGGCCAUCACGAGCAGUAACCACCAGGCAACCAUGAUGAGUGCACCCACGCAAACCACCCCGAAACGGAACAAGACCACCUUGACACCUCAAAACCUGAACUCAACCCAGAAAGGGGAGCCUAUGAGCAAGGCCGUCACGCCCACUCGCACGCCCAACCGCCCUACACUCACCCGAGAGAUCUCGCGCGAAGACAUUGACACGGAUAUGACUAUGACCACAAAGGACUUGGACAACCUUAAAGACAUCCUGUCCGGGCAAAUCACACUCGACCCCAACCUGAUCACGAAUAUUUUCAACCCCGAGGAUUCAUUUUCAAGCUUGUAUCCAAACGUGGCGAAUGAUUUCCCCUUGCAAUUUGAUCUGGGCUCGCAAGACGGCGACGCCUUCUCGUCCAUGUCCAAUAUUCCCGCCAUUGAGGAUAAUCACCAUGAAGUGCAAAGACUUAUGGCCGGAGACGAAGAGGCUCCCGUCGAUAUUGAUGACAGUAUGUUGAACACGCCCAAAGUGGUCCAGGAUAACACGAAUCCAAUAUCGUUUGCCAUGAGCCGUUGAAACUCGUCGUGAUAGCAAAUCACAAGUCGCUUCACCAUCACGUUGGAACGAUGUUCGAGAUGAAAUCGUUCGGAAGAGCCGGAGGUGCUUCUUCCCCAUUCCAAUACUGAAGAACCAUGGACUGGGCUUGGCUGAUUAUUACUAUUCAUUAGUAUUCAGCUUCGGAUAGAUACCAGAGGCAUCUUCUAAACUACAACGGAAUAUUACCGAUGAAUGUCCAAUGAUAAUGUAAUGCACUUGAGUAAAAGCCAUUGUUCGUAUACCGAGCGCGUUCCUGUAAAUUUUAAAGUCUGGUCUCGCUCCAUUGAAUGAAAGGAAGAAGGCGGAAGUCUUCGCUUUCAUUGAUUGAACCGAUUCACUUUCCGAGUACUGACUGCUGAGAAUACUACAAAAUUGUUACUAUUUUCUUCGGAGAUACUACUCCAUCUCGAUCAUUCGUUUUUAAAAUAAAACUAUUUCUAAAUAAAAAAAAGGACUGCUACUGCUCAUUCGGGCGAGCGGUCAUCAGAAA